CCUCGCGCAACCUGCUACGUCCCUAAAGUCGGCCAUGGAGAACGUAGCGCCGCCUAUGAAGAGAUUCUUUUAGUAGUCGACCAUUUGUAAACAUGCCUCCGGCUACCGCGAAAAAGGCAAAAGGGCCAGCACCCAAAAGGCAGACCCUUCGGGGUAAGGGCCAAAAGAAAAAGGUCUCCCUGAAGUUUACCAUUGAUUGCACACAUCCUGCAGAGGACAACAUUAUGGAUGUAGCGAACUUUGAAAAAUACCUGCAGGAAAGAAUCAAGGUUGGAGGUAAAACGAACAACUUUGGUAACAAUAUCACAUUGGAACGCGACAAGAUGAAGCUGUCUGUUAACAGUGAUAUCGACUUCUCUAAGCGGUACCUUAAAUAUUUAACAAAAAAAUAUCUCAAAAAGAACAAGCUGCGUGACUGGUUACGUGUAGUGUCCGAAGAUAAAGAGACAUACGAAUUGAGGUACUUCCAGAUAAACAGCCAGGAGGAUGAUGAUGAAGAAGAUGCAGAAUAAAUAUUGUUUUCAUUCUACACAAAUUUACAGAAACAUCUGUACAUAUUGCUAUUAAUAAACAAUAAAGAACAUUUAACCUG